GAAAGAAGCGACACUAAAAACUGAAAAUAUCGGAUAAAAGAAAACAAAUGAAAAACAGCUCCAUCAAUUGAUCAGCAAAUCCAACACCGGUUGAUGCGGACCGUCGCAAUUCAAGCAAGAAUUUCGUCUCCAAUAUCCAAUUUCGAUCGAAUCACAGUGAUUGGUUAUACAACUGAUAGUUACCAGUCGAAUUAUAAUCUGUUUUUAGCAUUUAGAUCGCGAGCAAUGGCGGCAACAGAUAAGCAGAGUGCUUUGGAUUACAUCAACCAGAUGUUCCCCACAGAGGCCUCUCUGUCUGGUGUUGAGCCCCUUAUGCAGAAGAUACGUAGUGAAAUCCGUAGAGUAGAUGCUGAGAUUUUGACAGCAGUUCGUCAGCAGAGCAAUUCAGGAAGCAAGGCCAGGGAGGAGCUUGCCGCAGCUACUCAUGCAGUUCAGGAACUCAUUUACAAAAUGCAAGAAAUAAAAACCAAGGCAGUGCAAAGCGAGUCGAUGGUUCAGGAAAUAUGCCGUGACAUUAAGAAACUGGAUUUUGCAAAGAAGCAUAUAACUACAACAAUUACUGCCCUUCACCGUCUUACUAUGCUAGUAUCUGCUGUGGAACAGCUCCAAGUAAUGGCUUCAAAAAGACAAUACAAGGAGGCAGCUGCCCAGCUCGAGGCUGUCAACCAGUUGUGCAGCCAUUUUGAAGCUUAUAGAGAUUUUCAGAAGAUCACAGAGCUGAGGGAGAAGUUUAAGAGCAUCAAACAAAUUCUGAAGUCACACGUGUUUUCAGAUUUCUCCAGCUUAGGCACAGGGAAGGAGACUGAAGAAAGUAAUUUGCUUCAGCAGCUUUCGGAUGCAUGCUUAGUUGUUGAUGCCUUGGAGCCAUCAGUAAGAGAAGAAUUAGUGAAGAACUUUUGCAGCAGGGAACUGACUUCAUAUCAACAAAUUUUUGAGGGAGCUGAAUUGGCAAAGCUGGACAAAACAGAGAGAAGAUAUGGUUGGAUCAAGCGCCGACUAAGAACCAAUGAGGAGAUAUGGAAAAUUUUCCCAUCUUCAUGGCAUGUUUCAUAUCUACUGUGCAUCCAAUUCUGCAAGUUGACAAGAACACAACUUGAAGACAUCCUCAACAGUCUUAAAGAAAAGCCAGACGUUGGCACAUUAUUGACGGAGGAAUAUCUUGAUGCCUUCAUGCCUCCUAUGCCUUCUGUUUUUAGCCUUGCAUUGCAGAGGACUCUGGAGUUUGAGGAAGAACUAGCAGAGAAAUUUGGUGGUGGGAGUCGAAGCAGAGAAUCAGGAAGUGAUGUUGGGGAAGAUAUGGUUGAUAACAACCAGACUGUUUCAGACAUUCGAAAGAAAUAUGAAAAAAAACUUGCUGCGCAUCAUGAAAAUGAGAAUGAGGAUCAAGAAGCCAACAAAGAUUUGUCGGUGCCUGGUGCUGGGUUCAAUUUUAGAGGGAUCAUUUCAUCAUGUUUUGAGCCUUACCUGGCUGUGUAUGUGGAACUGGAAGAGAAGACACUUAUGGAGCAUUUGGAGAAACUUGUCCAGGAAGAAGCAUGGGAGAUUGAAGAGGGAAGUCAAACUAAUAUUUUAUCUAGCAGUAUGCAGGUCUUUUUGAUUAUCCGGAGGAGCUUAAAAAGAUGCAGUGCUUUGACGAAAAAUCAGACAUUGUUCAAUCUGUUCAAGGUGUUUCAAAGAAUUCUUAAAGCAUAUGCUACAAAGCUUUUCGCACGACUUCCGAAGGGUGGGACAGGAAUUGUAGCCGCGGCCACAGGAAUGGAUGGUCAAAUCAAGACGUCUGACAAGGAUGAACGCCUGAUCUGUUACAUUGUUAACACAGCCGAAUAUUGCCAUAAGACGUCGGGUGAAUUGGCUGAAAAUGUGUCCAAAAUCGUUGAUCAUCAAUAUGCAGAUAGGAUUGACAUGUCUGAAGUACAGGAUGAGUUCUCAGCAGUUGUAACAAAAGCUUUGGUGACUCUUGUGCAUGGUAUAGAAACUAAAUUUGAUGCUGAAAUGGUUGCAAUGACACGUGUUCCUUGGGGAACUCUUGAAAGUGUUGGUGACCAGUCUGAAUAUGUGAACGCCAUAAACACAAUACUGACUGCUAGCGUUCCUGUACUUGGGAGGCUUCUUUCUCCUAUAUAUUUCCAGUUUUUUCUUGAUAAGGUGAAUUAUAAUGUUUGUGAACUCAUUGUGUUGCUCAUUGGUCAAAUAGUAUACAGGGAGGUUUUCACUUUAUUAGCUGAAAACAUGCUUUUACAUUUCCCAAUAGCAUUAGCAGUGGCACAGAAUCCAUUAAAAACUCUGUUGUUUAAUCUUCAUUGUUCAGAUUUUAUUUCUUGGUAUUGGAUUACGAAAAGUAAUAUGCUUGCAUCAUCUCUUGGGCCGCGCUUCUACCACAAUAUAUUCAAGUGCAAGCAGAUAUCAGAAACGGGAGCACAACAAAUGUUGUUGGACACACAGGCUGUAAAAACAAUACUUCUAGAGAUUCCUUCCCUUGGAAAACAGGUAUCUGCGGCUGCAGGCUACUCAAAGUUUGUAAGCAGUGAAAUGAGCAAAGCUGAAGCAUUGCUAAAGGUCAUUUUGUCCCCAAUUGACUCAGUGGCAGAUACAUACUGUGCCCUGUUGCCUGAGGGUACUCCUUCUGAGUUCCAAAGGAUUUUAGAUCUAAAGGGCCUCAAAAGAACCGAGCAGCAAAGCAUACUCGAUGAUUAUAACAAACGUGGAGCCGGGACCUACCAACAUUCAAUAAAGCCCGUUUUUGCACCCACUUCUACUCUCUCAGGUACACCCGCAUUAGCCAAUAACAAUAAUAGUAGUAGUAGCAAUAAUCUAUCCACGCCAGCUGGCAUCAUCCCACUGAAGGAAGAAAUAGUGGCACGGGCAGCUGCGCUCGGGCGUGGCGCGGCCACAACGGGCAUACGGCGCAUCCUAGCUUUGACCGAGUCAACCACCAAGGAUCGAAAGGAUGGACCCCUUAGAAAACUUUUCAUUGGGUAAGACGACUGUUGAAUCUCUCAACUUUUUGUGCCUCUAUUUUACUUAUUGUCAUGCAUCGAAAAAUCUUUUGAAAAUGUGUUGGGGUGUGUAGUGUUUUGAUUAGUUUCGUUCGGCAUUCUUGUAUAUGAUGGGAAUUUGAGGGAUUUGUUUGCUGAUAAUGUAUCGUGUAGUUGAUUUUAUUUUCUACUGAAAGUUUUAGCAAGUUGUGUGUUGAGUGUUUUUUU